AUGAGGAGAAGUAAGCAUUCCAAAACAACAAUGGCCACCGUAAACACUGCUCUGGGUGAAAUAUUGAAUAGCUCCAAAAACCUAGAAGAACUGUGCCACAAGGUCUACUGCGCUGCAAUGGUCACCAACAGAAUUCUGCAGACACCGACAGUAACUAAAGCACAAGGGGCACACCCACUGAAAAAACACCCGUGUGAGGAAAGAUUGGAAAGGAAAAUUAACAUCUUACGGAAAGAAAUUGGAGUCCUUCAUUCUUUUCUGACAGAGACAAAAGUUAGCAAAAAAGUGAACAGAAAAGUGCAAUGCUACUCAAGGAAAUUAAAGCUGAGUAGAAAAGAUGCUCAGUACAAACAAGAGCUAGCGAUACAUAUGGAGACCUCAAAGCAGAAACUGGCAACCCUGGGCAGCAGAUUAAGAAGGUACCACAAAAGAACUAAGAGAUACCGUCAAAAUAAUCAAUUCAACACCAACCAAAAAGGUUUCUUCAGAGAUCUGGGAGAACAACAUAGAUCUCAGCAAGAAUGCUCGAGAGUAGCUGAUUCUGAACUGAAGGAAUUCGAAAAAUACUGGUCUAACAUGUGGACAGAAAGGGAAAGCCACAACACCAAAGCCACAUGGAUAGAUACUGAAAAAGAAAUGCAUGCAAAUCUAUCCGAAAUGCACUCUGUCGUCAUCACGGAGGAAGAUGUAGCCAUGACCGUCAAAAGAAUGAAAAAUUGGACAACGGCUGGAAUAGACAAUAUUCAUAAUUAUUGGUGGAAGUACUUAUCAUCCACUCAUGGGGUUUUGGCACGGCUCCUAAAUUCAGCUUUGGAGAACCCGAAUAAGAUACCAAAAUUCUUCACACAAGGCAUGACGUACAUGAUCUUCAAAAAAGGAGAUCCUACCAAACCUGAAAACUACAGGCCGAUUACAUGCCUUUGUUCCGCUUAUAAAAUACUUACCUCGACGGUCAGUCACAAGAUCCGGAUUCACCUGAAAAAUAAUAAAAUAUUAGCCUGGGAACAAAAUGGCUGCAGGAGAGGUGGCAGAGGCAGUAAGGAACUUCUGGUAAUCGAUAAUACAAUCACAAAACAGGCUAAAAGGAAGAAGAAAAACAUCGCCAUGGCAUGGAUAGAUUACCAGAAGGCAUUUGACUCUGUACCCCACACUUGGCUGUUAGAAAUCUUGAAGAUAUACAAGGUAAACCCACAGGUGAUUUCAUUGUUCCGCUCCCUAAUGUCAACGUGGCGUACCCCACUUAUACUUGAAGGAACAUCAACUUCGUACAAAACAGCCUCAAUAAAUAUCAGAAAAGGUAUAUUCCAAGGUGAUAGCUCCAGUCCAUUGUGGUUCUGUCUCGCCUUAAAUCCGUUAAGCGGCAUGUUAAACAGAUCGUCCUACGGAUACUCAUUAGACCAGAGUAGAAAGCUCACUCAUCUUUUCUAUGUGGACGAUCUCAAAUUAUUCGCUAGAGGCAGAAAGCAGUUGGAGGGGGAAAUAGAGCUGGUGAGAGAGUUCAGCGGAGACAUUGGGAUGAAAUUCGGGCUGGAUAUAUGUGCGACGGUCGCUGUGAUGAGAGGGAAACUAGAACGUGAAGAAAAUAUGGUGUUGAUAGACGGACAAGUGAUACCAGCUUUAGGGGCAGAAGAGAGGUAUAAAUAUCUUGGUGUCCAGGAGACAUAUGAAAUUAGACAAAGGGAGAAUAAGGAAGAAGUCGAAAGAGAGCUGUUCACUAGGAUAAAGAAAGUCUUAAACACACAACUGUCAGCCAAGAACAAGAUGACCGCUAUCAAUACCUGGGCAAUACCGGCUUUCAUAUAUACUGCUGGAUUACUCACCUGGUCUCGGACGGAUCUGGAAAGACUAGACAGGAGAACUAGGACCACCUUGACACAGUAUGGUUUGCUGCACCCAAAUUCAGCUAUUGAAAGGCUGUAUAUUCCACGUAGAGAGUCGGGGCGAGGACUGAGCUCACUGGAGAACGUCUAUCUGAAAGAAGAAAGCAGAAUUAAAACCUUUUUUCUGCAGAGCAACUUACCGGUGCACCAGUGUGUAACUAGCCAGCGCUAUGUGUCUACGCCGGCAGGAAACGACGAUGAGCAGGAACCUGAAACAGAGAACAUGGUUGAAAAAUGGAAGGAAAAAUGGAGAUCAAAGCCCUUACAUGGACGGUUCUAUGCCAGCCUGCAGCAGCCAGAAGUCGACUUGCCCAGCACGAACACCUACUUCACUCAGGUUUACCUCUAUCCUCAGACUGAGGGAACCCUGAUGGCAAUACAGGAUCAAGUUGUUCCUACACGAGCCUACGCGAAACACAUAAUGAAACAAAACAUCGAAAACACAAAAUGCAGGCUCUGCAACAACGUUGAGGAAACUGUGCAACAUUUGUCAUCUGGAUGCUCGACUAUAGCUAACACCAAAUACUUGUCUCGCCAUAACAACAUGGGCAAAGUUGUACACCAGUAUAUGUGUCUCAGAGAACGGCUUCUCCAAGAAUUCGUCCCUCAUCACAUCUACGAACCGACGGCUGUCCGGGAAAACCAAGAUAUCAAGAUCUAUUGGGACUUGACAGUGCAAACAGAUCCGGGUGCUGAACAUAACCGACCAAACAUGGUUGUAUGGAACAAACAUAAGAAGUCGGCGAUCAUCAUAGACUUCGCGGUGGCGUUAGACCAAAACCUCGCUAAAGCCUACGGAGAGAAGAUCGCCAAAUACGAAUUGCUAUCAAGACAGAUGAAGCGAACUUUUGAGCUGGAAAAAGUAGAAAUAAAGCCAUUGGUGAUUAGCUGCAAUGGUCUGGUACAUAAGAAAACCGUUGAGCACUUGAGAGAGAUGGAUCUGCCUUCAAACACCAUAACUUGGAUGCAGAAGGCCGUAAUAUUGGCAACUGUCAGCAUCAUACGACAAGUGAUAUUCCCACACCACUAA